GAUGCAUAUGGUUAUCUUACUAAUGAUCAUUAGUUUAUUAUUUAGGGGAAAGUUCAGAAAUCAAACACACACAUAUAUAUAUUGCAGGAGUAAGGAGGAGAGGUUCAAGAGGAAUGUGAAGAGUGAAGAUGAAGAGAUGGAGGGGAUGGCAAUGCUUCAAGCAACCUGUCCAUCUUCCUCCAAAAUGUAUGCUUCUGAAGGUUUGUCAACUGCUUCGACCCAGGGUCAAAGGGUCGAGGCCAGGGCUUCAGAGUCUUUACAAGGACAUGGAGUCUUGCCGUGGAUAUGAAGACAUACAAGUAAUGUGGGACAUGAUCCAUUCUUCUUGCCCUGCAAAUGUCUAUGAGACUCCAAGCAGCAACAAGAGGCCUUCUCAUUGGAGUUUCUGUUUUAGGCCGACAUAAAUGUCCUUUCCCAUAAAAAGAGCUCUUUGGAAACUUGAGGUAAAGUUUCAUGUCUUUUCUUAACAUUUGGGAAGGGAAAAUAGAAGAGUCCAAUGCUUAUCCAAAAUGACAUUGUAAGUAAGAGAAACAGAGAGGAUCUGGGGAAUUCUUGUAAAAACUGGAAUCAAAAUAAGUUUUAUUAAAUAGGCUUAAUAAUUUGUACAAUCACCCCAUGACAAGGUUUCACAUGUGAAUCAUGAUAUAAGAUCCAAAAGAGAACAUUGUAAAUCAUCCAGGAUGUUCACCUUGUACUCUCAGGCCUUCUCAAAUCUUGUCAAGGAUAAAAUUUCAAAGGAAGUUUUCUCUAACAGAAGAAAGAACUGACCACCCAUAUGUCUACAGUAAACACAAGUAAUUUAUUAUCUCAAUAUAUUCUAGAGCAUAAAAUACAAAUUAGCAAUGGGGAAACUAGAAUCCCAAUGAUGCAGCCUCUGAAAUCUUCGUUAUGCAGCAUCACCGUUAUGGAGGAGCAUUUGAUCAAAGUGCCACACUCCUGCAAGCACCACAGUUUGCUCUUAGUCCCCAUAAAUGAACACAGAUGAUGGCAGAAAUUGGAUGCCAGUAAGCAGCCAAUCAAAGAAUAGAUGACAU